UGCAUUGUUCUUUGUUGGCUACCAUGCAAGAAGUUGCUGGUGCCAGUUUGCUGUGUGUCCAAAGGAUUAAUUUUUAGUGCAUUUUAAAUAGAAUUAUUAUUGUAAAGAACAGCACCGCAACCAAUAAUGGAUACAAGAAAAUUAAUUGACCUUCUUAGGGCAACUAUAGACCCAAACCAGCGACAACAGGCCGAGGAGCAACUUGCUCAGAUUCACAAAAUCAUUGGAUUUGCUCCAUCACUUUUGCAAGUCAUAAUGAUGAACGACUGUGACAUGCCGAUUAGGCAAGCCGGUGCAAUUUACCUAAAGAAUCUUAUAUCCCAAAAUUGGCAUGAUCGAGAAACUGAGCCAGGACAAGCCCUCCCAUUUUCAUUGCACGAACAAGAUCGAUCCUUAAUUAGGGAAAGCAUUGUCGAUGCAGUAGUUCACGCUCCCGAACUCAUACGUACUCAAUUAUGCACGUGUAUUAAUACAAUGGUUAAACACGAUUUUCCUGGGAGAUGGACACAAAUUGUUGAUAAGAUUAGUAUAUAUUUAUCAAAUCCAGAGACUAGCGGUUGGCACGGCGCUUUGUUAUGCUUAUAUCAACUAGUGAAAAAUUUCGAAUAUAAGAAGGCGGAGGAACGAGGACCUUUACACGAGGCGAUGAACUUGCUUUUACCUCAAUUAUAUCAAUUAGUAGCUAGAUUAUUACCGGACCCGUCUGAACAAGCGGUGCUUUUGCAAAAGGAAGCUUUAAAAAUUUACUUCGCCUUAACGCAGUACACGCUCCCAUUGGACCUCAUUAGCCGCGAUGCCUUCACCCAGUGGAUGGAAAUAUGCAGGCAGGUAGCCGAACGGCCGGUACCGCCCGCCGCUUUGCAACCCGACGAAGACGAGCGACCAGAUUUACCUUGGUGGAAAUGUAAAAAGUGGUCGCUUCACAUUCUGUAUCGUAUGUUCGAGAGGUACGGCUCGCCGGGAAACGUGACGAAAGAAUACAAUCAGUUUGCCGAAUGGUAUCUGCAGACGUUUAGCGGCGGAAUUCUCGAAGUUUUAUUGCGCUUACUGGAUGCCUAUCGUAAUAAAGCUUGGUUGCCUCCCAGAGUUUUGCAACAAACUCUUAAUUAUUUAAACCAAGCUGUUUCGCAUGCGCAUACCUGGCGGUUACUGAAGCCUCAUAUGCCUACGAUAAUACAAGAUGUAUUAUUUCCACUUAUGAGUUAUUCGGCAGAGGAUGAGGAGCUGUGGACGGUCGACCCUCACGAAUAUAUUCGUGUCAAAUUUGAUGUAUUCGAAGAUUUCGUCUCUCCGGUGACUGCCGCUCAAGCUCUUCUUCAUUCCGCCUGCAAGAAACGCAAGGAGAUGUUACAAAAAACGAUGCAGUUGCUAAACCAAAUAUUAAUAAACCCCGCGACGGAAGCCGCACAAAAAGAUGGAGCCCUACACAUGGUGGGAUCGUUAGCCGACAUAUUGCUUAAAAAGAAAGGAUACUGCGAGCAACUAGAUCAGCUGUUCAUUAAAUACGUCUUUCCCGAGUUCUCCAGUCCGAGAGGUCACAUGCGCGCGCGCGCCUGUUGGGUGCUUCACUAUUUCAGCGAAUUUGCGUUCAAGCAGGAGGCGGUGUUGGCCGAGGCGAUGCGAUUGACCGUCAACGCGCUUCUGCAGGACAAGGAAUUACCCGUGAAGGUGGAAGCCGCCGUAGCUCUGCAGUCAUUGUUAAAUUACCAGGAUCGUUGUCACCGCUAUGUGGAACCGCAAGUGAAGCAAAUAGCGCUCGAACUGCUGACUAUCAUUAGAGAGACGGAAAACGAGGAUGUAACCAGCGUUAUGCAGAAGCUCGUGUGCGUUUUUACACAGCAACUCGCUUGCAUUGCCGCCGAAAUUUGCCAACACUUAGCAACGACCUUUAGCAAGGUGCUCGAUACUGAUGAAGGUUCCGAUGAAAAGGCGAUAACAGCGAUGGGUUUGUUAAACACUAUUGAAACACUACUUACCGUCUUAGAAGAGCAACCGGAAGUUUUGCAACAGCUGGAACCGACCGUUUUACAAGUAGUUGCGCACGUUUUACAGAACGAGGUGCAAGAAUUCUACGAGGAAGUUCUCUCGCUGAUUUACGACCUCACCUGCAAACACAUCUCGCCGGACAUGUGGCGCGUUUUCGAACUGCUGUAUCAAGUUUUUAUGAAGAACGGCCUGGAUCACUUCACCGACAUGAUGCCCUCAUUGCAUAACUAUAUCACCGUCGAUACGGACGGAUUUUUAGCCGACGAGAAACGAUUACUCGCCAUUUACUCCAUGUGCAAGCAAGUUUUGAAUAAGGAUUGCGGCGAAGAUCCCGAAUCUCACGCCGCCAAAUUACUUGAGGUCGUUUUGCUUCAAUGUCGAGGUCGCAUCGAUAACGCCGCACCUUUACUUGUAGAGUUGGCUGCUUCUAGAUUGCUACGCGAGGUGCGAACUAGUGAACUCCGAACGAUGUGCUUACAAGUACUAAUAGCUGCUUUAUACUACAACCCUCAACUGUUAUUCUCCGUACUAGACAAAUUGCCAGAUUUCACAGCACACUUUGUUAAGCAAUGGUUACACGACGCAGACUGUUUCCUUGGCAUUCACGAUCGUAAGAUGUGCGUCUUGGGACUGUGCACGUUAAUUAGCAUGCCCGGCAGACCUAGCACGUUAUUAGAAUUGGCACCGCAAGUCGUUCCGGCGAUUGUCCUACUGUUCGAUGGACUCAAGAGAGCUUAUGCCGCUAAAGCGCAAGAGGCCGCGGAGGAGGAGGAGGAGAGCGAUUGUGAUGAUGACGACGUCGAAGAAGUCUUAAGUUCGGACGAAGACGAUAUCGACGAGCAGGGACAAGAAUACUUGGAAAGUUUGUCGAGAAAGGCUGUGAACGCGGGCGCAGCGGCGGGUAUGCAAAUCACAGCGAAUAUCACAGACGACGAUGAGGAAGAUAGUGAUUCCGACUCAGAUUAUGAACCCAAUGAGGAAACCGCAUUGGAAACUUAUACCACUCCUCUCGACGAAGAUAAUUGCGAAAUUGAUGAAUAUUUUGUGUUUAAAGAAGUCAUGCAAAGACUACAAAGUACAGAACCAGAAUGGUAUCAAGCUUUAACCAAUAACCUUACGGAACAACAGAGUAAGGCUCUUAUGGAAAUUAGUUUAUUAGCUGAUCAACGAAAGGCGGCACGCGAAAGUAAAAAGAUUGAACAACAAGGAGGUUACGUGUUCACGCAGCAAACUGUGCCAACUACAUUCAAUUUUGGUGGAAGUGGAUCAAUCGGCGGUUCAUGAGACCUAUAUAAUUUUUAUGGUGUCUAAGCAACGGCAAUUUUUUAUUUAUUGACUGAAACGUGAUUAGUUGUACAGCUGGUUUAUUAACAAAAAAAGUUUUACUUCUUAUUCUUGAUUGUUUUCUCUUUUUUUUGUAAUUAGUACUGAUUA